UGUUGACAUGCGAGCACUGGUGAGCGGUACACUACGCGGCUACAUUGGGAAACCUGAGAAAUUUCCAUCUCAGUGGGGGAGACCAUUGAAAAGAAGCAGGUUCCCAGCUGGCAGGACACCAACCACAUGCAGCUCCGUCCACCCUGAGAGGCCAGCUGGAAACCAGAAGCUUUUGAAACUGAGCUCUCUCAGUGACCACCAGCUGCUCAUCAUCUAAGAGGUGUGUGCUGCCUGUAGACAUCAUGGUCCACGUGCUGCUGGUCGCUGUGCUCCUCAUCCGGUCCGCCCAUGGAGGGCCUGCUCUACCUCCUGGACCUCCUGGACCUCCUCUACCUCCUCUACCUCCUCUACCUCCUCGACCUCCUUUGCCUAUGAAAGAUGGCUGCUACCUGGUGCACCCAGAGGACAACGUGCUGCGCGUGGAGGGCGAGGCCGUCAUCCUCUCCUUCCCGAUGUUCGAGAGUCGGCUCGAGUUGCGCAACAUCGCCCCCUCGACUGCAAAGUGGCUCAUCGCGAAGGACGACGAGCUGGCGGAGGGCGGGGCUUAUCGGGGAGAGGGGCGUGUCCAGCAGCGUGACAACCAGCUGUGGUUGCUCCCGGCUCAGGUUGCGGACUCGGGGAAUUACACCUGCACGUACAGAAAGGAGAGCUACUGCGUGAGCGGGAGGAUCUGGCUCCGGGUGUUCGAGCCCUCCGUGGCCGUGGAGAAGCUCUCCUACCCGGUCAGCGUCAUCGUGGGAGAGAACCUGGAGCUGCCGUGUCCGCUGGUCCGGGACUUCAACCACACGGAGCGGCUGACGGAGUGGCGCAAGGACCCCGGCCCCGCCCCCCCUCAGGCGAGCUCCUUCCUGCAGGUCGGAGGUCGCCUCCUCAUCCCCGCCGUGCGGCGGGUGCACGCGGGCGCAUACACGUGUCGGCUGCGCACGCUCAUUGAUGAGCGGCAGUACGAAGUCAGCAGGACCGUCAUGUUGGAGGUGGAAGGUGACGACCCCGUCACCACCACCACUGGGCCUGACCUCUCUGUGACCUCUGACCCCGAGCUGAUCAGCAGCAGCUUUAGCACAGUCCAUACUCUGGUUAUUCUACCACCUGUGAUCCUCUCUCCACGGAAUGGAGACAUCUUUGAAAGUGUGCACGGUUCAGGUCUGGAGCUGUCCUGCACCGUGCUGGCUGAAUGUCACAUGGCGGAUGACACUGUGGUCACAUGGUUGGCCAACAACCAAUCAGUGGAGUCCUCCUACCUUGAUGGGCGGGCUCUGCAGGGGGGAAGGAGGGUAACCGUCGUGUCUGGCGGCUGCCACAUUGAGUCGAGGCUCGCCGUCGUCACGGUGACAGAAGAAGACGAGCAGACGGAGCUGCGGUGCGUCGCUCAGAACCGAGGAGGCCGACAGGAAGUGGUGGUGCGGCUCCAGCUGGAGGACGCCACGUCCACGUGGCUGCUGGUCGCCGCCGUGGCCGCUUCCUGCUUCCUGUCCGUGGUGUCCGUCUUCCUCUUCCUGCUCUUCAAGGCCAAAGGGAAGAAGAGACCGGAUUACUUCCUGGCUCGUCGGAGCAGCAGCUUCUGUUAAAGACCUUUAUACCAGUGUGUGUGUGUUCAUGGUUCUAAAGUAUUGUUAUCUGUUUGUUGUUUACCAUAUUUAUCUUUAUUGUUUUUAUUUUGUAUUUUUUAUGUUUUAUUUGUAUUUUUAUGUCUAUGUUUAUUGUAUGUGCAACGUACAAAUAAAUAAUUGUGAUUCUGAUUCAUGCAUAGGUAUGUUGA